AUGAAGCCAGCGACUGUUCGCAAAACAGCACUUAUCCUAAUCGAUGUUCAGAAUGGCUUUCUCCAUUCAACAGCAUUUGGUGAUCUCGCAACUCGAAGCACGCCGAAGUGUGAGGAAAAUAUCGCAACGCUGCUUAGGAGUGCCAGAGACUACAAUGAAAGAUUAAUAGAGGCAAGCACCUCAUCGUCUGUCCUCAUUUGUCAUGUGCACCAUCACAGUAUUGAUCCUACCUCUAUGUUGCAUCCCAUCAAACAGAUAGAAGUCGAUGGAAAAUCAGUACCUGCUGUCCACCCGCAGAAAAUUGCAACUCCUCGUUAUAACGAGAGGACUUGGACAAAGAACGUCAACUCGGCAUUCAUUGGAACGGGGCUGGAGAACUUUUUGAAGGAGAACAGCGUGAGACAAUUGGUCAUCUGCGGUUUGACCACAGAUCACUGCGUCAGUACAUCGACGCGCAUGGCGAGCAAUUUGAGAAUUGUCGAUAUCAUGGAGAAUGGGAAACUUGUGGAUGAAGGUGAUAUUGUGCUAGUGGGGGAUGCGUGUGCAACAUUUGCAAAAGGAGGAAUUGAUGCUGAAACAAUACACCAAGUCAAUCUUGCUAGUUUGGAUGAAGAAUUUGCGCAAGUAAGAGAGACGACAGAUGUUGUCGAGAAGGUUUUCGCGGUCUAA